AUGUUUUCAAAUCGCGAAUAUGCCGACAUGGCUUUUAUUUCUGGCGAAUGCCGCCAAAACGCGUUACUAGCUGCAAACCUUUAUGUGGAAGAUUUCCAAAUCCAGUUUAGAAGACCAAAGCACCGAAUGUUUUCUACAGCUGCAGGUCUAGACCGCGGUCGUCCUCGUCUUAUUCUUACACCCCAAAUGGAAAAUCAAGUUCUUGAACUUUUGGAAAAAGAUCCUAAACGAAUUACAAGAAGUAUUGCUGCUGAACUAAAUUUUUUGCAUAUUCCAGAGGAAGAAUCUGAUGAGUUAGACUGUUUAAAGUCACAGAUUCCUUGUAUUGCAAAGAUAGCCAAAGAACUUACAAGGUUCUUGUGUUUUGAAAUUUAUCCAAAGAUAUUACUUAAAACUACAUCCUGA